AGGUUCCAUCCAUGUUUCACUGCUUCAAAGACUGUAGCACUAAUGUUGAUUUGCCUGUGGGGCAUAAUAUUGUAGUGUGGUGGGUUCAACACACCAUAGGCCUCUGCUGUUUGUUUUUCAUCUGUGUUCCCCCAGGUUAAGAAAUGGGAGACUGGUCCAUUCUUGGUCGCUUCUUAACGGAGGUUCAGAACCACUCCACGGUGAUCGGCAAGAUCUGGCUGACCAUGCUCCUCAUCUUCCGCAUCCUGCUGGUGACCCUGGUGGGGGACGCAGUGUACAGCGAUGAGCAGUCCAAGUUCACCUGCAACACACUGCAGCCUGGUUGCAACAACGUCUGCUACGAUACCUUCGCCCCAGUCUCACACCUGCGUUUCUGGGUCUUCCAGAUAGUGCUCGUCUCCACACCGUCUAUCUUCUACAUUGUCUAUGUGUUGCACAAGAUAGCCAAGGAUGAGAAGUUAGAGCCUGAGAAGAUCCAUGAGGUCGCCAAGCCUCCUCCUGCACGUGAAAGUCUCAAACAUGUAGGGGUGGAGGAUGGGGAAUCCCUGGAGGCCAGCAACCGCUCCUUCAACCCCUGCUAUGAGAAGGAGUGGGGCGCCCGGGAGGGGGGGUGUGUGGAGCAGAGCCUGCUGGAGGAGGACUUGAGGGAGGUGGGGAAGGAUCCCACCGAGCUGUCCAGCCAAGUGCUGCUGACCUACAUCAUCCACGUGGUGCUGCGCUCCAUCAUGGAGAUAGCCUUCCUAGUGGGCCAGUACUACCUGUUUGGCUUUGAAGUGCCUCAACUGUUCCGCUGUGAGACCUACCCCUGUCCUAACUGGACUGACUGUUUUGUGUCUCGUGCCACGGAGAAGACCAUCUUCCUCAACUUCAUGUUCAGCAUCAGCCUGGGAUGCUUCAUCCUGAACAUUGUGGAGCUGCACUACCUGGGCUGGGUCUAUAUUUUCCGUGUGCUGUGCUCUGCCUGCUCUACAUGCUGCGAGCCAGAGAGGGACCCUGUGGAACUUGUGGACCUGUAUCACAACCACAACCCUCUGCUGCUGCAGCUCAAACACUCCCUACGAGGCAGGGUGGUCCUGCAGACCUCCCCUCCCAUGUCCCAGGAGAAAAGCAGUGGUGUGUUGCCCACCCACACCCCAGCCAUCUCCUUCGAGACGGACUCCACAGUAGAGUGCACCUCCAAGAGAAGCCCAGAUGAGAAAGAACGCACUAAGGCCAAACUGGCCAACAUGACUAAAAUAGGCAGAGGCAAGAAAUCCUGGCUGUGAACUGUCAAACUGUGUAUUUUUUCUUUCCCUUGAAUAUUCUUCUUUUGCUGCUUCUUCCAAUCAACUGAAGAUGGAUUACAGUUGUUUACAGUAAGACUGCAAAAGUAAUAGUCCUUUGAGUCUUUUGCAGUGAAUCUUUAGAAAUUCCAUAGGAGUACCCAUAGCCCGCAAAAGCAUUGAACACUGGAUGUGCUCACAUUUCUGUGUGUACAUGGGUAGAAAUGAUAAACUUUAAUAUGCAACCACUUUGGUGACUUGGUCGUUCCACCAAUUAGGUGCCGUUUGAGUAUUGAAAACAAAUAAGAAGUUUUAUUUCACCUAAUUUUAACAUUCUAUCAUAAAGAGCACAUGUACAGCUUAAUGAAAAACACAUUUGCCCAUUUCAGUAGGUUACAUAAAACAAACGACUAUAGUAUGUGCCUAAUAAGUGCCAAAUAAAGUAACAAGGUUGACCGUAACAGGAUUGAUGAUUUCAUCUUAAAUCAGCAAUAAAUCCCCUUGUGACAGGGGGAAUGGAAGCUUGUUGUGUGCAACAGGGAGGGGCAAUUGAAUGCAAGCUUCACACAAAAAUGUUUAAUUGUUAAAUCAUUUCUGGCCUAUCUAGGGUUAAUAGGAUUGAUGUGUUAUGCUGGACCUGCUUGAUUUUCCACCACAAAACACCAGAAAAUGGUCAUAAAGAGUAGAACUGGCAUUUACACAAUGAUUUGACUAUGAGAUCAUGUUCAGUGUCUCUUUUGAAUAGUUUAACCAUACUCAAACAGUCCAGUUGAGAUAACAGGGUUGACCUAAAAAAAAUAUAAUCUUAAAAUGAAUCACUAAUGACAUAAAAUAAAUAAUACUCUUCAGAAAUGACUUUUCCAACAUAACCAGGGCUUUAUAAUGAUGGUGAAAACUUGGAGAAAUGUUGUGGUUAAGUGGGUUAAAAAUCUUCCUAAAAGUCACAGAGGAUGCACAGAGGCACUUUAGUAAGUCUUGAAUUCAUAUACAAAAUCUGAUUGAUUUAAUUUUCCAUGUGGUCUGUAUUACAGGGCACUUCAUUAAAUAUAACAGGCUUUUAUUUGUGCAAAACCUUUACUUAGAAUGUCAAAGUGAUGCAGAAAGCACUAAUAUUGUCGAACGACCCAACUAUUCAUAUCACAUCUGUAGUAUAACCAAUGAAAUGGUUUCAAAAGGAAAUAAUACUUGCCACAAUUUCAACAUAUAUAAUAUACAUUUUUAAAACUUUUUAACUUUAAAAAAAAAAACAAUUUAUCAAGUUAUUAUUACAAAAGUGAUUUGUUGGCAGUUUUUGUCAUAAAAUGUUCUUCUUAGUACACUACCAGUUUUACCUCAUGCUAAUAUCUAGAAAAUCUAAGA